AUGCCGUUUGCUUAUAGAUGCAGACCCAGGGCUCUCUGGGUUGGCCUUUCACCAUGUCCCACAACACGGUCGCGGCCCUGCCAGCCGUGCAUACCACGGAAAUGCCGAUUUGAGCCAAGUCGACAUUUCCAUGCAUCGCCAUGUUGGCGCGUGCGAUUGAGCGAGAUGAGCAAAGAUGAAAUCGCCAGUCUCAAGGUCAACCAAGAACGAAUGAUGAAGACGCUCCACGAUACUUGCGUCUGGGGCACAGGGAAGCGCUGGGGAAGCGGCCCGACAGAGACGGGCAUGUCGCGGCUCGCCCUCACAGACUCUGACAAGCAGGUGCGCGACUGGUUCGUCGAGACCGUCAAGGACCUCGGCUGCAGGGUCAAGGUCGACUCUAUGGGCAACAUCUUUGCCAUCAGGCGAAGCUUACCUCCCGGCAGUCACUGGGCGACCACUUUUGCAGGCUCGCAUUUGGACACGCAGCCAACCGGCGGAAGAUACGACGGCAUCCUUGGAAUGAUGGCCGGCAUCGAAAUGUUGCGGGUGUUGAAGGAGAAUCAAAUCGAGACCGAAUUUCCAGUCGGCGUUGUCAACUGGACCAACGAGGAAGGAGCCCGGUUCCCCGUGAGUAUGAUCGCCUCUGGAGCUUGGGCCGAGGUCUUUGGUCUAGACCAAGCACACAAUCUGCAAGAGGUCGGCGGCGGUGAGGCAACGAUGAGGUCUGAGCUCCAAAGGAUCGGUUACCUGGGCGAGAUCCCUUCCAGCUUCAACAAAAUUCCGAUGGCGGCCCAUUUCGAGCUUCACAUCGAACAAGGCCCCAUCCUAGAGUCAAACAACCUCAAGAUUGGUGUUGUUCAGGGCGUACAGGCAUAUAGGUGGUUUACCAUUGAGAUUAAUGGUCGUGAUGCACACACGGGUACGACGCCAUUUUCUGCAAGAGCCGAUGCCAUUCUCUUGGCUUCCCGCUUCAUCGUCCACUCGCACGCGCUGGCUACUUCCCACGGAGCUCUUGCGUCCACCGGAAUCGUUGAACUGGAACCUGGUUCUGUGAAUACCAUCCCAGGUUAUGUGCGCAUGAGCUUGGAUAUUCGCGCACCUCAGGACUCAACCUUGGACGCCCUUGAAGCAGACCUCAAACGAGACUUUGAUCUACUUUCCAAGGGUAUUGACCCUCCCGGAUCCAAAUCACAGCUUCUCGCCGGAGCAACCCCCGGGAGAAACGAUGCAUUCUCGCUUACGUGGAAAACGGAUAGCGUCUCGGAAGCAACCAAAUUCCACCCCGACUGCGUUGAAACUGUGCGAGCUUCAGCGCUGUCGGUGCUUGAAGCGAGGGGUCUUGAGAACGCCCAGGGCUUGAUUCGAGAUAUGACCAGCGGCGCGGGCCACGACUCUGUGUAUGCAAGCCGGAGAUGUCCGGCAAGCAUGAUCUUUGUCCCGUGCCGGGACGGUGUCAGUCACAACCCCGAGGAAUAUACUAGUCCCGAGGACUGUGCCUUGGGGGCCGAUGUUUUACUGCAAAGCAUAUUGCGUUAUGAUCUCUUGAGGCAUAAAACAGAAGGUGGCAAGCGGAUUCAUGGCCAAUAG